AUGAUCAAGAUGUGGGAAAGACACUGCCUACGUCCCGUCCAAGGCUCUACUCCGACUCUCAUCCCGAUUUUCCUCUACGGGACUGCCUGGAAGAAAGAUCGGACAGCCGAUCUGGUCUACAAUGCGGUCAACGCCGGCUUCCGCGGCAUCGACACAGCAGCUCAGCCACGACACUACCAGGAGCCAUUGGUCGGUGAUGGAAUUCGCAGGGCGAUUGCGGAUGGAGUAGUGCGACGAGAGGAGCUCUACGUGCAAACCAAAUUUAGUCCGAUUUCCGCCCAAGAUCCGGACAACAUGCCGUAUGAUGCCAAUGCAUCUUUAACGGAGCAGGUCCAUGCAUCAAUCAAGUCAUCUUUGUACAAUCUCCGGCCAUCCGCUGACCCGAGUAGCGUGGGCGAAGCCUACAUUGACACGGUGGUCGUCCAUAGUCCGUUGAGGACUAUCGAGCAGACCAUCGAGGUAUGGGAGGCAUUGGAGACCUAUGUGCCCCACAAGAUUCGUAACCUGGGAAUUUCUAAUUGCCCUCUCCCGGUGCUCCAGGCUCUUUAUACCUCUCCCGUGGUCAAGGUGAAGCCUGCAGUUGUGCAGAAUCGAUUCUACGAAGAUACUCUAUAUGAUGUACCACUCCGGUCAUUCUGUCGCGAUAAUGACAUCAUUUACCAAAGCUUCUGGACUCUGACUGCAAACCCAGAGCUUUUACGAUCGGAACCUGUGCAGAAGCUCGCUGCUUACGUGGGGAUCAGCCCCGCAGCUGCGCUGUAUGCGCUGGUGAUGGGACUCGGUAACAUUACUGUACUGAAUGGCACCAAGAAUGAAACCCGCAUGGCAGAGGACUUGAAUAGCCCGAAGAAGGUGGAAGAGUUUACACAAAAUCAACCAGCUCAGUGGCAGGCAUUGUUGGAUGGAUUCCAGGAACUCGUUGGUGAUGAUGCCACAAACUAG